GGCAACCCGCCUCAUGUCAAAAUCUCAUCGCAGAGUGUCGGGUUCUCUUCUGAAAGUUGCGCACCGAAGUUAGCGUCUUUGCACGUUUGAAUAGCGCAACCACAAGCUAACCAUGGCAGGCAAGAGGGCGUUAGUGAUCCUGUCUAAAGGUGCAGAGGAGAUGGAGACGGUCAUCCCGGUGGACAUCAUGCGUAGAGCUGGGAUUACAGUGACGGUCGCAGGGCUGACGGGCAAAGAGCCAGUCCAGUGCAGCAGAAACGUCGUCAUUUGUCCUGAUGCUAGCCUGGAGGAAGCGAGCAAACAGGGCCCGUACGAUGUGGUGCUUCUGCCAGGAGGAAUGCCAGGGGCCCAGAAUCUGGCGGAGUCUCCUGCUGUGAAGGAGGUACUGAAAGAUCAAGAUGGCAGAAAAGGCCUGAUUGCAGCCAUCUGUGCAGGUCCCACUGCUCUCCUGGCACAUGGCAUUGGGUAUGGCAGCACAGUCACUACACAUCCUGCUAUGAAGGAGAAGAUGAUGGCUGGAGACCACUAUAAAUAUUCAGAGGCUCGAGUACAGAAGGAUGGACAUUACAUCACCAGCCGUGGGCCAGGCACAAGUUUUGAGUUUGCCCUGACCAUUGUAGAGGAACUUAUGGGGGCCGAGGUUGCAGCUCAAGUCAAGGCUCCUCUUGUUAUGAAGGAUUAACUGUAACCAUGUUCACCAACAUCCCGCAAGCAGCACUGUCCGCUGUAGACGUCUUGCGCUACUGAGACAGCGAAUCUAAUAUAGCUGGCACUGAGAGUCAAAGUCACUACUGACAAAUCAUUCUCCCUAAGGGACACAAGGAUGUUUCUGCUCUGACAUGUUAUUGUCUUCCUUUCUCUUUCUUGUUUCCUCAUAAGGUACAUAUAUUUCUUUUCUCAACUAAAAUAGAAUGUGGAUUCAGAGGCUCAACUGAAUUACAUUCAUUGGGUCGACAAUUUUCCUGUGGCUUGAAUUGUUUCACUUGACAUUAAAACAUCAACUUGCUGAAAAGAA